AUUAACAAGGUUCCAUGAUUUUCGAAACAGUCAGUAGUUUCGCUCUCGUUUUGUCUUUAUAUUUAACGAGAGUGUGUUAUUCGUCAGUCCGGGGCUGCAGAGCCGCGCUGCUGGAGUCUGAUCGUCUCAUCCGUCAGCUGUGAUCAUGUUGUGUUUUUGGGGAGCGCAGGUCAGAGAGGGGCUCGGGCUGGUGCCGCCGGACAAAGUCAAACAUGGCAAUUCUGGAAUACGGUCCGUGUGUCCGACAACAAAAGUUCAGGACAUGUCAGCUGGACGGAGUUUUGUUGGAUUCAUCCGGGAUGGGAAGGUCUCGGUCCUGAGAUUGCGCAGUGAAGACUGUGAUCAUGAUGGAAAACUAAAGCCUCUAAAGCUAAAGAAUGACAGAAUCAGACUGAUUGUCUGUGGAGGAGAUGGUGCGGUUCUUCUUGCUUAUGGAGGAAAAGUUCUCAUUCUGGAUAAACCCACUGUGUGGAGGCCUCUCAAAGGUCUGGAUAACAGGCAGGUGAUUCAGAUCGCAUGUGGAGACCAUCAUUCAAUGGCACUAACCCACGAUGGUCAGUUGUUGGUAUGGGGUGAGAACUCUCAUGGUCAGCUGGGUUUAGAGAAAGAUCAUCCCGGCUCUCCGUCUGCUCAACAUGUUCAGAGUCUGAGUGGGAUCCCACUGGCUCAGAUCAGUGCUGGAGGAGACCACAGCUUUGGGUUGUCUCUCUCUGGAGUCGUGUUUGGAUGGGGAAAGAACUCUGCUGGACAACUGGGCCUCGGAGACACUACAGACAGACACAUCCCAACGGUUGUAAAUAGUCUUCACCGGAAGAAAACUGUGUCCAUCUCAUGUGGAGGGGAACACACUGCUACUUUAUCAAAGGGCGGCACAGUAUUCACAUUUGGAUCAGGAGGUUCUGGUCAGCUUGGCCACAAAUCAUUUAAAGACGAACAUCAUCCGCGGGUGGUUGCUGAACUGUGGGGAUCUGAAGUGUCACAGGUCACAUGUGGGAGACAUCACACACUCGUAUCAGUCGCAUCGUCAAAGCUGAUCUACUCAUUUGGAUGUGGGAUGCAAGGGCAGCUGGGAAAUGGAAAAAUUAUCAAUAAGUCUGUGCCUUUCCCUGUGAAUCUGUCAACUGAAUGUAAUCAUGAUUAUACGAUUGAAAAACUCAUAGCUGGGGAGAAUCAUUCCUUUGCCUUGUUUUUCAAGGAACCUGGGAAUGAGUCUAAACCAAAUCCAAGCAGAGGGAUUUUGACAUUAGAUGACAGAAUGAUUGACCGAUGGCUGUCUGGAAGGGAUCCAUGGAAAGUGGUAAAAAAAGACAUAAACAAAGUGUUCUCCUCUGCUGCCUCUCUGAAUGGAAGUUUCCUCAAAACAAGUCGUGACGAACAUUAUCAGACUUCUGAGGAUCAUUGUGGUUUGGAUUUUGAUCUGGUUAAAACAUCCUUUGCAAAGUUAUCAAAGAAUGAAAGGUCAAUAUCAGAGGUAGUGAAGGUGGUUCAACAGAUGCUGCCGUCUCUGAAUCCAAAUCCAGCUGGUGUGGAAGCUCUGAGAGUUUAUCUUCUCCUCCCUGAGCUCAUCAGACGUCUCCAGAAACAACAAAGAACUGAACUCACUGAAGCUCUGGCCUCCAAAAUCCUUCAGCUGAAUCCUGAUGCUCGCAAGGUGUUAGAGAUGAACUGGUCCAAACUCCCGGAUGAUUGCCUCAAAGGCCUGGUGAAGUUAUUUAAAAAAGCAUCUGCUAAUUUAAUUGGCAGGAUGGCUGCUGACACUAUGAACUGGGACAUAAUGACACGCCUGCCGAAAUUUGUGCAGAUCCUUCAGAUGGUGUAUCAGGUCUGCUGCAGAGCCAACAGAAACAUCACCAAGAGUGAUUUCAUCAUUAAUGAAAUCAAUGAUCUGCUAGAUGUGCUGGAAACCACCAAUGAAGAUGUGAGUAACAAUUUGCAGUGGUUUAACUUGACUGGACAAAUCCAUGCAUUGAUGGCCCAGCAAAACUACUAUAAUACGAUCUUAAAAAAUCUCAUAUCACUUCCAUGCAUCUUUAACCUGGAGGCCAAAUGUAGCUAUAUGAAGAACAGAGUAUGGCAGGGUAGUUUUAAUCUGAUUCUGAGACGUACAGCUCUGCUGGAGGAU